GCGCUUAACCUGAACCUGCUGGGAACCACACAUGUAGUGGAGGAUGACGGGGCUCACCUAGGUGCAGGUUAGGCAGGUGAAGCGCCUCCCCCGGAAACAGAGCUGGAGCGCCCCACCUGCCCUGGCUGCACGGAUCGGAUCCAGCACUUCCAGGUUUCUUGAGCCAGCGGUGACAGCUGAGGCCAUGUGAGUCGGAUCCUGAAUGAGGCUUUAUCUCUGGGUCUUCAUCCAGUCCCAUCGUCCACCGUGGCACCAGCUCCCUCGGCCAGCUGGGAUGGAACAGGCAACCGAAAAAGGCAGAGCCAGAGAGGUGAUGCUGACUAUCCCCUGGACCGUGAGAGGAACAGGACUCUGGGCCUCUAGCUGCCACGCAGGUGGUGGGGGCUCCAGGCUGUGAUCAGUGCCUCUGACCACUGACGCUGCCCUCUGCCCUUACUUGUGCCCAGAUCAGCCAUGUCUGAAGGAGGGGCUCGGGCCCCACCAGGCCGGGGGCUGCCCCCGGAUGUGCUGGCGGAGCAGGUGGAGCUGUGGUGGUCCCAGCAGCCGCGGCGCUCGGCGCUCUGCUUUGCCGUGGCCGUGGGCCUGGUGGCAGGCUGCGGGGCGGGUGGCGUGGCCCUGCUGUCCUCCACCAGCAGUCGCUCGGGCGAGUGGCGCCUGGCAGUGGGCACAGUGCUCUGCAUGCUGGCCCUGCUGGUUCUGGUUAAGCAGCUGAUGAGCUCGGCCGUGCAGGACAUGAACUGCCUCCGCCAGCCCCACCACGUGGCCCUGCUGCGCAGCGGCGGAGGUGCCGAUGCCCUGGUGGUGCUGCUCAGUGGCCUGGUGCUGCUGGUCACCGGCUUGACGCUGGCAGGGCUGGCCGCUGCCCCUGCCCCCGCCCGGCCGCUGGCCGCCAUGCUGUCCGUGGGCAUCACCCUGGCCACCUCGGGCGCACUCUUGCUGCUGGGCUUGCUGCUGUAUCAGGUGGCCGUGAGCAGACACUGCCCCCCGACCCGUGCGGCCGCCCCCUCCACCCACAGUGACCGCAGAGGCAAUGGCAGUGUCUUCAGCAUCUCAGGACAGUUGUCUGCUGGCCAACGUCACGAGACCACGUCCAGCAUCGCCAGCCUCAUCUGACCGAGCCCUCCUUCCCACCACCUGCCUCAGCCCCCUCAGAACUGUGCCUGGACGCAAGUGAGUGUGUGUGUGUGCACACGUGCACCAAGGGGACAGUGACCGUGUAUGAGCAUGUACAUGUCCCCAGGACUGUCCAGCCCUCUGAGGGACCGUGUGUUGUGUGAGGAAGCGCCCAUGUGUUCCCACACACCCACACCGCCGGGAGGGGAAUGCUUCUCUUUGGGGCUCACGGAACUGUCAGAGUCUGCCUGGCUGUGUCUGGGGCCUCUAGGCAGAGAAGUGUCUGGGAUCCCUGAAGAUUCCUGGUCCCUAUUCCUAAAACCCCUCAAAGCCAGCCCCGCCCUGUAACACCCAUCAGGGAUUUCCCCAGGAGAGGCCCGCUGCCCACUCCGAGACCAGUGAGUCCCCUUCAUUGAGGAGAGCGAGCGGUGGCAAAGUGUAAAGGACACAGGCUCCAGAAUAUCAGGCCUGGGCUGGAGAACCCCUUGUACGCUCACCAGCUGGGGGCCUCGGGCCUAACCCCUCUGAGCCCUGGUUUCCUCAAAGUUAUGGUCAUGGUAAUGGUCACGGAUUGUGAGGGUCAAAUGACAUUGUGGACUGGGCACAUGGCAGAUGUGCAAUAAAGUGCUGGCUCCUGCUA